AUGUCUUUAACAUUGAUUGGCGAACAGCUAACAGCUGUAGUUGGUUCAGUAUUUUUCGUCGUAGGUUUCAUAGGAAAUGGAAUAAAUAUUUUCAUAUUCUCUGGUACAAUUGUCGAACGUCGAAAUUGUUGUUCAUUUUAUUUAUUAACUGCAUCAAUCAUUAAUACGUUAUAUCUUUGUAUCAUUCUCAUACCUCGAAUUGAAACAGCAACGAGUGGAAUUGACUUAACUCGUUCUUCAAGAAUUUGGUGUAAAGUUCGUCCAUUAUUUACCGGCUCACUUCCACCAAUGUCUUUAACUUGUGCAUGUCUAUCAAUAAUCGAUCAGUUUAUAUCAACAUCGAAAAACUUUCGUCUUCGUCAGUAUAGUAAUAUGAAAUUAGCUCGACGAAUUAUCAUUGUUUUUCUUAUCAUUUGGAUAAUUCACGGAAUAAUUGCUUCGAUAUUUUAUGAAAUAACACCAACACGAUGUACUUCAUCAAAUGCAAUUUAUGCUGUUUAUACGACAGUAUAUCUUAUUGUUGUUAAUGGUUGUAUCCCAAUAUUGAUUAUAAGUAUAUUUGGAUGGUUAACUAACAGAAAUAUUCGUCAAACACAAGUUCUUGCAAAUAGACAAGCAGAUCGUCAAUUAACAAAAAUGAUUUUGAUGCAAUCAAUAGUAGUUGUAAUUAGUAAUAUGGUAUAUGGAGUUAACAAUGUUUAUCGUUUGAUUACUACGGGUGUUACUAAAGAUAUUAAUAGACAAAUCACGGAGAAUUUUGUCACAACUAUCGUUACACUUAUAUCGUAUUUUUAUUCGAUUGGAAGUUUUUAUAUAUUUUUUAUCUCAUCAAGUCAAUUUCGUCGCAAGGUUAAACAACAAUUAUUAUUUUAUCGACGACAACGCAAUCAAAUAAAUACCAUUUAG